AUGACGCUCUUCCACUUCGGGAACUGCUUCGCCCUGGCCUACUUCCCCUACUUCAUCACCUACAAGUGCAGCGGCCUGUCGGAGUACAACGCCUUCUGGAAGUGCGUCCAGGCCGGGGUCACCUACCUGUUCGUGCAGCUAUGCAAGAUGCUGUUCUUGGCCACUUUCUUUCCCACCUGCCUGGUCCAUUACAUCAUCGCCUCUGCCCAGGUGUGGAUGAUAACACGCUACGACCUGUACCACACUUACCGGCCAGCAGUCCUCCUCCUGAUGUUCCUUAGCGUCUACAAGGCCUUUGUCAUGGAGACCUUUGUCCACCUCUGUUCCCUGGGCAGCUGGAUGGCACUGCUGGCCCGAGCGCUAGUGACAGGGCUGCUGGCCCUCAGCACCUUGGCCCUGUAUGUCGCCGUUUUCAACGUGCACUCCUAG